AUGGUUAACAGAGCACUGAGCUGGGAGACAGAAGACCUGACUGGUUUUCCCAGUUCUGCCACUUACAUGCUGUGUGGUGCUGGGUGAGUCUUUUUCUUUCUGGAUUCACCUUCAUCUGAAAAAUGGGGCAGGGUAGUCUAUGACCUUGUAGAGUUCUUUACUUCUGGUUGAAGUGGUAGCAGGAAAGGAGAUGAUGCUCCCUUAGAGGUACACAGUAUGCUUUAUGGUAACAUGGUUCUCAGCUGGGACCUCCGCAAUAUCUGAAGAUAUUUUUAUUGCUACUCUUGGGAGAGGCAAGGGAUUCUGCUAAAUACUCUUAUAAUGCACAGGACAGAAUCCAACAAAUUAUCUGUCCAAAAUGUUAGUAUUGCCAAUAAUGAGAAACCCAUCAAACUUUAUGACUUUGCACUUGCCAGACAGGCACUUGUGCUGCUGAGCUAAACUCUGGCCCUGAGAAACCCAGUUUUAAGGGAAUUAGAUUGUACUUUUUUGCUUCUCCAUUUUAUAAUCACCUUUGCAAUUUCAGGUAAGUUCAUACUUAGUUUCUUUCCUGAUUAUCUUUGCUGUUGAGGAAAUAGGACUUUAAUUGUGUUAAAGUUAUUUGCUUAUCUUCACACAAACAGUGGUAAUUUACUAACUAGUAUUUCAGAAAAGCAGAACCACUAGCAGUGUAUAUACAUUGUCCAAUCUAACAUUUGUUUCAGGAAUCUUUUUUUUUUUGGUACCAGGGAUUGAACUCACGACCGCGUACUUGCAAGGCAGGCACUUAGGCCACUGAGCUAAAUCCCCGGCCCAGGAAUCUUACUUAGGUGUGGGAAAUGGAUAAACAGUUUCAUAAAAUGAUUUUUUUUUUUUUGUCUUUUUCCUUUUUCAUCAGUACCAGGGAUCGAACUCAGGACCACACACUUGCAAGGCAGGCGCUUAUGCUGCUGAGCUAAACCCCCAGCCCCAAUAAAAUGAUUUUUUUAAUUUGUCUUUUUGAGACAGGUCUUGCUAUGCAGUUCAGGCUGGCCUUGAGGUCGCUUUGUAGCCCAAGCUGGUCUCAAACUUGCAAUGAUCCUCCUGCCUCAGCCUCCCAAGUGCUAGGAUUACAGAGGUGUGCCAUCACGCCUGGCUAAAAUGAUUAUUUUUGUUUCUGGUGGUAGAGCUUGAAAGUCAUGGGGCAGGCAGUCCAGAAGGGAAAAAGAUAUAAAGUGAUAGAAUGGACAAGCCAGAAACCUGAAAACAGGCCAAGACUCACCUGUAUCCUCACCACCUCCAACUUUGAUGGACUGAGUAUCCUGCAGGAGAAGCUGUUGGCUUGGGAAUAAGCAACUGUAAGAGUGUCUAGGGGAAGGAAUAGCAGUUACAGGCCCAACUGCUAUCCCACACCCGCAAGGUAGCCAACAAAUUGGCAACAUGUGUGUGACCUACAGAAGUGCAUGCCCCACGCUUGUGAGCUGAAACAAACUAGUUGCUGUUUCAUUUCCACUUUUUAAAUUUUACACAAAGAUAUCCUAUGGUUCACCAUAAGCAAAAAAUACACAAGGAAGGAAAUUCUGGAGAAGAGUUCAACCUAACCAAACUAAGUCAUAUUGCAUAUUACAGUGCUACAACUGAGUCUCUGGUUUUUGUUGUUUGUUUGUUUCUUUUCUUUAAUUUUCUUUUUUUUUUUUUUUCUGGUGGUACAGUGGAUCAAACUCAUGACCUUGCCAAGCAGGUGCUUGUGCCACUGAGCUAAAUCCUCCCCCCCCCCCCCACCGCCCCGAGUCUCUGUUUUUAAGAAUGCAUGAAGGCUGGGCCUAGAAUUCAUGUCUGUUCAACUGAAUAUGUGCUACAUUAGUCAAGCUGAUCUUAAAAAAAAAAAAAAUUUUUUUUUUUUUUUUUUUAAGCAGGACACAUCACUUGCAAAUUAGGAUGCCCUACCACAUUGUUUCCAAAUAAGGAAAUGUUUCUUAGAUUUGCUAAAAAAAACUUCCAUACUUUUCAUCUAAGUGCUAGGGACAUGGCUUAUGAGGUUACACUAACCUGUGGCAUAAUAUCCUUACUAUAAGAGGCUUUAGAGAAGCCAGACAAAAGGUCCCACAUUGUAUAAUUUCAUUAAUAUGAAAUACUUGGGGAAGGUACAGUAUAUCUAUAGAUAGCAAAUUGAUGAUUCUAAGGACUUGGGGUGCAAAAGGAUAGGAAGCUGAUGCUUAAUAGGGUUUUCUUGUUCUAGUGUUAGAGGUAAGUAGCAUAGCAUUCUGAAUGUACCACUAAAUGGUUCACUUUAAAGUGAAAAACAAUUUUUUUUUUGAGAUGGGAAUCUCACUAUAGUUCAGACUGGCCUUGAUCUGUGUAACCAGGCUGGCCUUGUGGUGACCUGCCUCAGCCUCCCAAGUGUUGGGUUUACAGUGUGCACCACCACGCCUGGCAUAAAAUGGCUAAUUUUAUGUCAGGUGAAUUUCACCUCAGUGUUUUUGUUUUUAAAUUUAACAAGAGGAUUAGAGACUUAAGUAGUUUCAAAUUCUGGUCUUAAUUUCAUCAUUACUAUAAAAUUGAUUACUGAUUUCUCAAAUACAAAAAAGAGGUUGGAAAGAUAUGCAUGAUAUUUUAGUCUGUAAAAUAAACCCCUACAAACCCAGAAUCUUGUGUUGGGAUUACUGGGCUGGGAUAAUAUGCCUACAAACAGUGAAAGGAACUUGUAUCCUCAUGUUCAGGUCAGAAAACCUAUACGUGGCCUGACACCAUUAAAAGUCACACUGAAGUGAUCUGGCAGCUAAGGAGUCAUAAUGACAACUUUCUUGUGUAAUUCUUAGGAAUACAAUUUUUUUUGUCUGCCUGGAUCAGCAGUACUGAGGAGCAGAGCCUGGCCACUGACAGGUGUGUGGUGCUAGGUGAUCUGUUUAGUUAGUGAGAGAUGUAUAUAGAUGAGCUUAUAUACCCCAAGGUUGAUUUUUUUAAAUUUAGAUGUCUUGGCCCUAGAUAAAGGACAGUGAUAUUUAGCUGGGGUUCUUUUUUAUCUUAAGGGAAAAUAGUUUAGGGAAAAGGGAGAGUUCCUUUGAAAUGAGGUCCUGUGUGUUUGGUCAUAGUUCUGAAGCUUAGAACAUGGAGGGGAGGCCAUCGUGGCCCAAGAACAUCUCUGAAACCUGUUGCUAAUGGAAAUUCAUCUGCUGAAAAAAAUGCCUGUAGCCUGAAUUUGAAUGAGAGAGGUGGUAAGUCUUACCAUCACAAGCACUUGUGACCUCAGCAUAACAUCAUCAUACAGAAGCCCUCCAGCCUAAGUCUUUGCUCUUCCAGGAUAGAGAGCCACAUUGAUUGGUAUGUGUCACUGCAGGAUAUGGUGGCUUGGAAAUGGAUGUAUUAGAAGACCUUAAGUCCCUGCAGUUUGAAAACGGGAUUUCAGAGGAAGAUCGUUCCUGGCUUUAUCUGCGGGGCCGUUCUCGGGGACUAAUGAUUGAGGCCUGUGCCCAUGCAGUCUUCUUUUGCAAACUAGUCCGUAAUUUGAGAGAACUAAUACAUGAGAAUCAAGAUUCCACAUCACUGACAGGUGAUUCGGCUGACUUGGCCGCUGUUGAGGAAGAGAAGUUGAAAGUGGGCAUCAUCGGAGGCGGCCACCUCGGGAAGCAGCUGACCAGCGCGCUGCUGCAGCUCGGCCCGGUCCCCGCUGAGAGCCUGCGCAUCUCCACGCGGAGGCCCGAAUGCUUGACUGAGUUCCAGAAACUGGGCGUCCAGUGCUUUUACCAUAAUGCUUAUCUGGUUGUUUGGGCCAACGUGCUAUUCCUCUGCUGCGUGCCAUCUCAGCUGCCUCGUAUCUGCUUAGAAAUUCAAAACAGCCUUAAGACCACCUGCGUGGUGUACAGCUUCGUAGCUGCCAUCCCACUCCCCAGGUUGAAACUACUGCUGAACACCACCAAUAUUUUGCGGCCUAAGUAUCAGUGUACUGAGGAUUUUGACAACAUCUGGGGGGCCAAUAAAGAAAUUACCGCUGCCCUCCGAGAUCCUGUGAUUUUUCGGGCUACCUGCCCUUACAGUCCUGCCGGGGGAAUAACCCUUAAUAUCAAAUGGUUGGAGGGCGUGUUCUAUGCAUGCCUAAACAUCUGUACAGCAAGCAACAUGGCCCAUUCACAGGCGCUGCAGCUUCUGAAUAAAGUGUUUCUUUCUGUGCACUACGAAGGCUGUAAAACAGAUGAAACAUCUUGCCCCAAAUUUCAGUUAGCAGAUUUUGUCAACACAGUCUACAUGAAGAAUAUGUUUCAUAAAAGGCUUUUCCCCUGGUUUGAUCUGAUUGAUGUGCAACUCAAGGAAACUCCCUUUAGUCAGCGUCUUUCAAGCAGUACUGUUCUCCAAGAUCACCUUACCCAUCUAUACUGUGAUUCAUUUGGCAUCUCCCUAGUCAACAAAGAGAAGCCAGUGGUUUCCAUGGACUCUUCAUCCCAGUAAGAGAUCUCAGGAAUGAGGAGGAUUUCUUUUUCUCUUCUCACAGAUUUGUCCUCCGGGAUUAUGUCCUGAUUAUCCCAAUUGACAAGUAAUAACAUGAAUGUGUUGUGUUUGAAAAUUGUAUUGGUGGAUCUUUCAAAUGUAGAAUAAAUAAGAGGUCCUAUGCAUCAA